AUGGGUUGGAUCGGAGACACCGCAGACUCCAUUAAAUCGAUCCAGAUUCGGCAGCUACUCACCCAGGGCGUCAGUUUAGGAAUGAUUGUUACAUCUGCAUUAAUAAUAUGGAAGGCAUUGAUGUGCAUCACUGGCAGUGAAUCUCCUGUGGUGGUUGUUCUCUCCGGAAGUAUGGAACCUGGCUUCAAGAGGGGUGACAUUUUGUUUUUGCACAUGAGCAAAGAUCCUAUUCGCGCAGGAGAAAUUGUUGUUUUUAAUGUUGAUGGUCGUGAAAUUCCAAUUGUCCAUCGUGUAAUUAAGGUCCAUGAAAGGCAAGAUACCGGGGAAGUUGAUGUCCUCACAAAAGGAGAUAAUAAUUAUGGGGAUGACAGACUCUUGUAUGCUCAAGGGCAGCUUUGGCUUCAGCGGCACCACAUCAUGGGCAGAGCUGUUGGAUUCUUACCUUAUGUUGGUUGGGUAACGAUUAUAAUGACUGAAAAGCCUAUUAUCAAGUAUAUUCUUAUCGGAGCCUUGGGAUUGCUUGUCAUAACUUCAAAGGACUAA